AUGGCGGCACUUCCGGUCCUGCUGCCCUCAGCGAAGAUGGCGGCAGGAGAGAAGCGGCGGCCGUUGGUAGCCACGGCGGCGAAUUACACGGACGGCGGCCGACCCUCGGUGUCGCGGAGCGCGGCGGCCGCCGAGAGCGAGGAAGACUUCCUGAGGCAGGUCGGCGUAACCGAGAUGCUGCGUGCAGCCCUGUUAAAAGUGCUGGAGGCGCGUCCCGAGGAGCCCAUCGCCUUCCUGGCGCACUACUUCGAAAACAUGGGCCUGCGCUCGCCGGCCAACGGCGGCGCCGGGGAGCCUCCCGGGCAGCUCCUCCUGCAGCAGCAGCGCCUGGGCCGCGCGCUGUGGUACCUUCGCCUGGCUCACCACUCUCAGAGGACAGCCUUCAAUAACAACGUGAGCGUGGCCUACGAGUGCCUCAGCGCCAGCGGGAGGAAGAAGAAGCCAGGGCUGGAUGGGCGCACGUACAGUGAGCUGCUGAAACGCAUCUGCAGAGAUGGCGGAGCCCCCGAGGAGGUGGUGGCACCCCUGCUCCACAAGAUCCAGUGCCGGGACCACGAGGCCGUGCCCCUGGAUGUCUUCCGCACCGGCAUGCUCACCUGCUUCGUGCUGCUGGAGUUCAUGGCACGCGCCAGGGCCCUCUUCCAGCUGCUGGAGGACCCAGAGCUGGCGGUGGCUGACCGCCGAGUGGGCCAGGCGGUGCUGGACACCCUGGAGGAGGCCCUGGGCACCAGCGACCAAGCCACCGCCCCCGUGUGCUACCUGGAGGCCGGCUCGCGCCUAGGGCCCGACAGCCUGGCGCUGGCCAUGGACAGGGCAGCGGGCGGGCGGCGGCCCAGCUCUCCCAUGGCCCGGCAGGAGUUCCUGGAGAAGGCCGUGGCCCUCUUCAUCGCCAAAGUCAAGCCAGUGAGCUGAGCCUAGCCUACCGCUCCCCCCACCCCCACCUCCCAAAAACAGCCAUCCAGCUGCUGCUCCUGGUGCCACAAGGAUCUGGCCCGGGGUAUCCCCGCAUGCAGGUGGGGGCUUCCCCACCUUUGGACUUAGGACAUGGAUGAUCCAGCGGGACAUGGCUUCUCCACAAACAACUCCACCACCUUCCAUGCUGGCCUGACCGAAAUAAAAGCUAUA